AUGUAUCAGGAAUAUGCUAGCUCGGAUAGACUCUUGAAUAAUGCCGACCUGGAUGAAUCUACUUCUUCUGCUCUGGACGUCGACGAAGGUGCUCAGUGGGGACGUAAUGGCCGAACAGCCUCAACAGGUCCUCCAGACCCGAUAGGCGCAUGGUUGAGGUCGAGAGUACAAAUGGUGCUCGUUCGCGUGCCAAUAGUACUGGCACUCAGGGAUAAGGCACAGGCGAUAUUGUCUGCUGCAGCCAGUUCCCCUACAGGGCUACCAGAGUUGAACCCUGCGCUUCCCUCGCUGCAAACAUUGUUUAUACGCAAAACCCGCGUCUUUGCUUCACAUACGCUCUUCAUACUACUCGUCCCAAUCUACAUUCUUGCAAUUGCACUACUCGCAAGGGGACAAUCGUUCAUUGUACCGAAGGAGAACCAAUUGGAUUGCUUGAGCACUUUCUGGCCUGCCCCGUACGAUAGGUGUGGGGUAGACGGACAAGAUUGUGGGCCGUUCAACGACACCACCUUCUCAUACCGAUGUCCGGCGGACUGUGCCAGCGUAUACCUGCACAAUACACGCAUCAUUGGCGACCAGGAUGUUGCGUACCAACCCCUUGUAGUUGGAGGUGGCGACGCAGAAGGCACUUACCGUGGGGAUAGCUGGAUAUGUGCGUCGGCCAUGCACGCAGGUCUAGUGAGCGAUAGCUGGGGUGGAUGUGUGUCUGUGAGCCUUGUCGGCGCUUUCGCAGACUAUCUACCCUCAUUCCGGCAUGGCGUGGAUGGCGUCGGGUUCGCCUCGUCUUUCCCACUAUCCUUCCGACUGGGCAAGAAUACCUCUUUGCCUCAGUGCACAGAUCUGCGAUCUAUCGCAUUGUCAUUCAACGCUAUCGUAACCUUUGCCGUCUUCGCCAUAUUGAGGCCCAAACCCCAAGCGCUCUACUGGUCCCUGAUCUGCAUUGGGUUCUGGCACGUCAGCCUUUUCUCCCAGCCGCGCAGCUCUCCACCGGAUCUCGAAUUUGCAUUCGCAACGUUCCUUCCAGCGCUCUUCGUCUGCCAUGCGUUCUGGCACUAUACUGCAAAAUGGGUCCUUCCGGAACUGCUACAACGCAUACCGCUUGAAGGAGCUGUGCUAUACCUUGGCCCCUGGUGGAUCACAGUGCUCAACAACAUGACCCUCGACCGGUUACCCGUUGAUCGACUCAUGAUCGGGGAUAUCACUCGUCGAGCGGGUGGUCUUGUCACUUUGGUGGCCGGUAUCGCCGUACUUGCUUUUGCGAUCUUGAAGCAGGUCAUGGUCAUCAGGAGUGCAGGGCACCUUCCACAGUACCUGAAAGGAUACGGGAUUGGCGCAGGGGUUGUCCUCGCUCUCGCAUUGUUACCGACGCUCAACCUGCGCGUUCAUCACUACAUCUUCGCCAUCAUGUUCAUUCCCGGGACUGCCUUUCCGACUCGACUGUCGGCCGUCUUUCAAGGUUUUCUCCUUGGGAUGUUUCUGAACGGAGUGGCUGCAUGGGGAUUCGACGGGAUUCUGCAGACGACUGUCAAUCUACGCCGGGAUGCACCAACUGGGACACCACUUCCCAAGCUGGAAGGUGUCUACGAUGCGGCUUUACCAUGGGCCGACAGGGUUGUACAAUGGGCUUCGAUCCCGGAAAAUGCCGCGGCGGACGGCUUCAAACUGUUGGUCGACGAUGUUGAGCGCUACACCGGUCCGGCGCUCAACUACUCGCUGAGGCUUCUGAGAGACGACAUACCCCACUAUUUCCGACUGGCAUAUACGCUUCGUGGGGAUAGGAUCGGGGAUUGGACGAUGCCUGCGACACUAUGGCCGAAUGGAAGUUGGAUAGAGCCUGCACCGGGAGCAUCUUAUUAG